CAUCCAUCCUUCGACUUGCUCGGUCGCGCCCAUUUACGUCGGUCAUGGGGCUCCGCUUUGAGCCAUUACGUCGUCGUGGCACAGCUCGGCGAUUCGCAUUCCUGGGAAAGACUGCGCUGGGAGAAGUAUGGGAACCUGGCGUACCAUUCCACUUUCAGGAGAGCAGUGGUCCUCGCUACCGCCUUCCACGCGAACGACGCGAUGGCUCCCCCUCUUUACACAACCGCUCCCGUCCCAUUCCCGUGGAAAAUAUGCGGGAGAGUUGUUGUGCCACGUUCAUUUUACCGAGGACCAUUUACGGCUUGUUUACCGAAAGCCAUGGCGGCUGUUAGGCUGCUUCCUUUCUCUUCCUCGCUCUUUCCUUCCCCAGACUCUCCAAGACGAGGGCGAUGCAAUAAUAGGGUGGCUCCUGAGCGGUCUUAU